GAAAUACGAGAUAUCUCGUCAUCCGGCCCCUAACUACGAAAUAGGAAAGACAAGAUAUCUCGUCAUCCGUCCGCAAUAUGUUAAAUUUACUAUACAUUUUAGCAGUUUUGCUAUACAUUUUACUGUACAUUUUACUUUACGGUUUUACUACUAUCUACUAUCAUCUACUAUCAAUAUUUAGAUUCUAGUUGUUAUCGAACCUUUGUUAAUCGAUGAAGACUACUAUGCCCGUGUCGAAGGCAGAGAAAUAAUUUCCAACUUAGCUAAGGCAGCAGGAUUGGCGACAAUGAUUUCCACGAUGAGGCCUGACAUCGAUAAUAUCGAUGAAUACGUACGCAACACAACUGCCAGGGCAUUUGCUGUUGUCGCGUCCGCUCUUGGAAUCCCUUCAUUACUUCCGUUCUUAAAGGCCGUUUGUCGCAGCAAGAAAUCCUGGCAAGCGAGACACACUGGUAUCAAGAUCGUGCAACAAAUAGCUAUUCUCAUGGGUUGUGCAAUUCUGCCACAUUUGAAGAGCUUAGUAGAGAUUAUUGAACAUGGUCUGGUGGAUGAACAACAGAAAGUACGAACCAUUACUGCGUUAGCCAUCGCCGCAUUGGCUGAAGCCGCAACACCGUAUGGUAUCGAAAGUUUCGACUCGGUACUGAAACCUCUGUGGAAAGGUAUCCGCACGCAUAGAGGUAAAGGUCUAGCAGCGUUCCUAAAAGCUAUCGGUUAUCUCAUCCCUCUCAUGGACGCGGAGUAUGCGAAUUAUUAUACUAGGGAAGUAAUGUUAAUCCUUAUACGUGAAUUCCAGUCGCCCGACGAGGAAAUGAAAAAGAUCGUAUUAAAGGUGGUCAAACAAUGUUGUGCAACGGACGGUGUGGAAGCUCAAUACAUAAAGGAUGAAAUCUUGCCUCAUUUCUUUAAACACUUUUGGAAUCAUCGUAUGGCACUGGAUCGUAGAAAUUACAGACAGCUUGUAGAUACUACAGUCGAA